AUGUCACUAGAUAAUCUUGAUCUGCUACAACCAAGGGCCACAACCCCCGCCGACGAAUAUCACUGGUACCUUCUCUACCAGCUGAUACGAGGCCUAGAGUGGCUCAAGCUGAAAGUUCAACAAAGCGGCGACGACGACGACGACAACGACGACGAUGAGAUGCGCAUGCAGCAGCAGCAGCUGUUGACAAGCGAAGCAAGAGAAAGCCUGAAAGAACUCUUGGACAAGGAAAUCGAAGAGGUCAACACCGACAACCUCCUCUACGCAGAAAACCUGAAACACGAAGACCAGGCAAACAAGUUCCCGCAGGAGGAGGAGUCCUAUCCGCAUGAUCUCCGCUUGGGCAAGUUCCGGCAGCAGGAGGGGUAUGAGGAGCGUCUGGAGAGAUUCCGGCGUGAGUGGACGGAAGAGGCGGCGCUGGAGAGAAUCGCGGAAUUGUUUGGCGUGUGGAGCGACGUGAGGAAGAAGCUGGGGCUUACGACGGAAAAGGAUAUGAGGGCUGUCAGGGAGCAUAUGCAGAAGACGGUGGCGGAUAGAGAGGCUGUCAGGUUUAAGCCGACUUAUUCGCUCUAUCCAAAGGUUCAGGUUCUGGAGGAGAGGAAAGGGAAGUGA